UGCCCAAUUAGUUACAGAGAAAGUCGGUUUGAGAUGCCAUUUGACAGUUAAAGGCAAGCCAAUGGUCUUUUCGAACAGGUGAUUCAUUUUCAGGCACUCCCAUGAGUCAGGGAACUAUUAUUGUCUAGCAACGGAACAGGAAGGUGAAUAAUGACCUCUAACACCCAUCAUCGUUAGAGACACCCACGUGAGAAAGCCUAACUUUUUAAACAGUUAUUAAAGGUAGUGUGGUAAAAGAUAGGUCCCAGUAAUUAUAAAACUCAUAAUGAACUGUUCCAUUUUUGUAUUCAGAAAGGAGUACCCCCCUGCUUGUUGUGUUAUCGAUAAGGUGCACAGAAAGAUCGCACCAUAAUCAAGUUAAUAUCGAAUUCACUACAAACAAAUUCCAAUUCCUACAAACAAAAACUAGCACGAAUGAAAAGAACAUGGACCUUUUUCCGUUUGACGUGAGAUCAUUUUUCUUUAUUUUCCUGUUGUAAUUAAAAGGUGCACAAGUUAACAGCAAAGAAUUGCAGAAAACAUUUUGGCCACAUGUUGACCAUCUUCUAUUUUGUGUGAAUCAGUAACCAGGGCAUGUCUAUUCUUCGAAUUGAAAAUUCUGUGGAGAUUUAAUUUAUCCAUGGUUAAAUUUCAUGCUUUUUAUCAGAUACUAGAAGUACAUUAAACGGGACAUUUCUUCACAUGGUUAUUGUACUUCUUUGUUGCAGGUGGAGCUGGACAGUAACUGACUCUGUUACAGAAUGUGCUUGAGAUAAGUUCAAGAGCUGAUAUUGGAUAUUGGAACUCCUCCAUACUAAGAGAAAUGUUUUGAGUUAGUGAUCACCAGCCAAUUUGCCUGCGUCAUUAUAGAGGCGAAAGGUUAAGACAGCUUUCAUAGAGUGACAGAAAAUAUGAAGGCGAGUUAAGAGAGACAAUGUGAUGUUAUAUGACAAAUGAUUGGUUAGCUAUAUUGUAUAAAGUCUAGGAUACUUCCUACUGUUACUUUGGAAUUCUCUGGUCUCUUGAAGCUUCUUGCAUGGAGGACACAGAUUCCCCAGAUUAUUCUGUUUUAUUUUAAACUCAAGAUUUGUAAUGAACAACUAUUGACUCUGAGUGCUCCUUCAACAUCAUUGCUGCCAAUACAACUUCACCCACGUAAAAGGGACGAGGUGGAAAAGCGAAAAAAAUAUUUCCUCAACAUCAUCUCAAUUAUUUAUUAAGCUUUUUCAAGCUUAUUGUUUUUUCCUGUACUCAAAUCACCCGACCACAAUCUAUUCUAGCGCCAUUCGCAAUGGACUUUGUCCGUUGAAUCACUGUAAUGUAAUGAAUGCGUACUGAUACUACGCACGGCCAGAUACGCAGAUACUGCGCAGUCUUGACCGGUUUUGGGAAGCCGGUGGUAAGUAUGUCGGACAGUCGGCUAUUUUCGUAGGCUGAUAUGAGUCACCCAUACGUUCGGACGAUGAGAUGAGCCCCCUACAGCUUCAAAAAAGAGAAGCUCACCUCCGCGUCCCUGUCUCAUCCCUCGCUCCGGACAUGGCCAGGGUCCUUCUCCUCUCCGCCCUGCUGGCAUCUCUCAGCUGCUCCAGGGCAGCCGUCAUCACGGGGGCUUGUGAGAGAGACCUGCAGUGUGGCCUGGGGACCUGCUGUGCCGUCAGCCUCUGGCUGCGGGGCCUGCGCAUGUGCACGCCCAAGGGGGUGGAGGGGGACGAGUGCCACCCCUUCAGCCACAAGGUGCCCUUUUUUGGAAAACGGCAGCAUCACACCUGUCCCUGUCUUCCUCAUUUAGUGUGCACCAGGUACACAGGUAGCAAAUACAGGUGUACCAGCGACUUCAAAAAUAUAGACUUUUAAUACCACAGAGGAAGAAGUACCAGAAGACAGCAGCACAAAAACCUGACUAGGAAACAGCUUGCCCGAGGAUGAACAGCACAAAGGACGAUCCUAACAUCCUAACGUCUAUAUGGUUGUACACAGUGCACCGUUUCCAUCAUUUUGACUUAGGUCAAUACUCAGAUGAUGUACUGUAAUUCCACUGUUAGCACUAAUCAUGAUGCCAUUAUGACAUAUCAUAAGAAUGCCCAUGUUUAAUCUCCGUGGGCCUUAAUAGUCGCCUCUCCUCUGUGAUUUUGCUGGGGUCUUAAACCCAUUCACCCUUCAGUACAUCCAUGUUUGUGAAACUCUUUCUUGACCACGACUGACUUAGCUUAUUCAUCUUAUCUGCUUUGGAUGUUUUCAUUCAUGUAAAGAGUCUGGAACAAUACAGGAAGAAGAGAGUGAGCGUUUACUCUUCAAAGGUGAAUAAUAAGACAGCUAAAAGGUCUGGCUCUGUCUGGAGUUGGGUAUAUGUGUCUGUAUGGAGAGAGCACUUAAAUAUUGAGUAUUGUUUAUUAUAUUCUGUAGUUAAAAGAAAAGAUCUUUCAAAAGUGUACCUAUAUUUGGAAAUAAAUCUUAAACUGAA